GCAAGCUGUAAACUGGGAAGCAGAGACAUCGAGAUGGCAACUGCUGGGAAAGUGAUUAAAUGCAAGGCAGCUGUGGCCUGGGGGCCCAAGCAACCCCUCACCAUCGAGGAUAUUGAAGUUGCUCCACCAAAGGCUCAUGAAGUUCGUGUAAAGAUUGUGGCAACUGGCAUUUGUCGUUCAGAUGACCAUGUUCUUAGUGGAGCUAUAAGCGACAUGAAGUUCCCAGCGAUUCUUGGGCAUGAAGGGGCUGGCAUAGUGGAGAGUGUGGGAGAGGGAGUGAAAAAUAUAAAACCAGGAGACAAAGUUAUCCCACUCUUUGUUCCCCAAUGUGGAGAAUGCAGAUGCUGCACUAAUGUGAGGAGCAACCUAUGUGACAAACAUGAUAUUGGACCAUACAGAGGACUCAUGUUGGACAACACCAAUAGAUUUACAUGCAAGGGGAAUCCGGUUUACACUUUUUUAAGCACCAGCACCUUUACUGAAUACACUGUCUUGGAUGAGAUAUGCGUGGCUAAGAUUGAUGACAAUGCUCCUCUUGAUAAAGUGUGUUUAAUCGGCUGUGGCUUUUCCACUGGUUACGGCUCUGCUGUGAAGAUUGCUAAGGUUGAGCAGGGGUCUUCAUGCGCUGUGUUUGGCCUGGGUGGUGUUGGUCUUUCUGUGCUUAUUGGAUGUAAAGUAGCUGGUGCUUCUAAGAUCAUUGGAGUGGAUACAAACAGUGACAAGUUUGCCAAAGCAAAGGAAUUAGGGGCCACUGAAUGCAUUAACCCAAACGAUUAUAAUGAACCUAUCCAUGAAGUGCUGGCAAAGAUAUCUGAUGGAGGAUUAGACUAUACCUUUGAGUGCAUUGGAAACACCAAGGUCAUGGAAUCUGCUCUUAAGGCUACCCACUUUGGAUGUGGCACAUCAGUCAUCGUUGGUUUAGCUCCUGCCUCAGCCAGGGUAUCAGUGGACCCAAUGGAGAUGCUCACAGGACGCACAUUAAAAGGAGCUUUGUUUGGAGGCUGGAAGAGCAGAGACGAAGUCCCUCAACUGGUUGCUGACUUUUUGGCAAAGAAGUUUGAACUUGAUGGGCUGAUAACUCAUAGGUCAACUCUUGAUAAAAUCAAUGAAGGGUUUGAUCUCCUGCGCAAAGGGGACAGCAUUCGAACCAUCCUUCAGAUCUCACAGUGAGUUUGCUGCAUUGCCCCAUCAGAUCGUGGUCAUACAGCUUCAGUGGAAUCACUAUGUGGAUCAUAAAGAUUUAAAGCUAAAAAUACAUAGCAAUAUAUAGCAAAGCCAAUUUAAUGCAUUUUAUAGCUUCUUUUUCUAUAU